AUGAGGUACUUCUUGUUUGUAACAGCUGUAGUGGCAGCAACGUCGGCUUCUUAUUAUGGUGUCGGUGACAGGGUUCCGUCACGACUCCAUUUUAAGCCAAGGUUCGAGCCGGUGCGAGUCGAUUCCGUAGUAAAGGCCUCAGAGGCUGACUUGAAUAAGGCUGUUGAAGAACUCGCCAGUCUCGGUGAAGAGCUGAAGGAAUUGAAUGGAGCCUCAGAUGGAUCCGAGCCCGAUGUUCUAGCUCAACCCUCUGCAAAUGUCCCCUCUGUGAAUCCUUACAGCCCGCAGCUGCAAGAAACUUCUCCAGAAGUUGCAGUUCCGCCUCCUGCAGAGCCAUCGGUCCCAGCCCCUGCCGUCGCGUCACCAGCAGCAGAUACGCCAGCAGAAGCUCCCGCUCCUCUUCCUCUACAAGCAACUACUGCUCCGACUACCACAUUCAAGAUACGUGCUGAAAAGGCUGCAGAGGCAUAUUGGAAGACAUUUGUGCCCCCAGUUGGAACGACCAUGGCGCCUCCAGCUGAGGACGUUUCUUCCGGGAAGACCAAUGCUCCAUUCAGCCAAGAUGUUUCCUCUCAGCACCUCCCUCCCGCGGAGUCUUCUGCGACAGUCAAUGAACCACCAGUAGAGAAUGUUCCCACGGAACCUCCUGUCAUGUCUCCUGUUGAGGCAACCACUGUUUCCGUCAGCGAACCACCAGCAGACGAUGUUUCAACAAAAACUGACGUCGUUCCUUCCANAAACCCUUACGGCUCAACGCCACAGGAAGCUUCCCCAGAAGCUCCCGUUUUACCACCUGUAGAGCCCACUGCCGCUCCAGUACCGCCAGCCGAAGAUGUGCCUGCUGAAGCUCCCGCUCUCCUUCCUUCUCAAGCAACUACCGCUCAGACUACUACAUUCAAAUACGUCCUAAAUGAGAAGGCUGCAGAAGCAUACUGGAAGACUUUCGUCCCUCCAGUCGAAACCACUGUGGCCCCUUCAGCUGAAGACGUUUCAUCUGGGAAGACUAAUGCUCCAGUAACCCAAGAUGUUCCCGCUGAGGACCUGCCUCCCGCGGAGUCUUCUGCGGCUCCGACGGACGUGAAACCGGUGGAGGAUAUUCCUACGGAAACUACUGUCGGAGGAAGUACCACUUCUAUCAGCGAACCACCAGCAAGGGAUGUUUCACCGAAAGCUGAAGUCGUUCCUUCCGUAAACCCUUAUGGCUCAGUGCCACAGGAAGCUUCUCCAGAUGCUCCAGUUCUGCCUCCAGUGGAAACCACUGCCGCUCCAGUAAACGUACCGCCAGCAGAAGAUGUUCCUUCGGAAGCUCCUACCCUUCCUCUACAGGCAACUACCGCUCCGACUACUACAUUCAAGAUACGUGCUGAAUGAGAAGGCUGCAGAGGCAUACUGGAAGACUUUCGUCCCUCCAGUCGAAACUACUAUGACUCCUUCAGUUGAGGAGGCUUCAUCCGUAAAUCCUCAUGCUCCAGUGAACCAAGAUGUUCCCGCAGAACCAGCACCUCCCGCAGAAACUUCUAUGUCAUCGGUCAGCGUGCCUCCAGCGAAGGAUGUUGCCACGGAACCUCCUGUCGUGUCUCCUGUUGAAGCGACUACUGUUUCCGUCAGCGAACCACCAGCAGACGAUGUUUCAACAAAAACUGACGUCGUUCCUUCCACAAACCCUUACGGCUCAACGCCACAGGAAGCUUCCCCAGAAGCUCCCGUUUUACCACCUGUAGAGCCCACUGCCGCUCCAGUACCGCCAGCCGAAGAUGUGCCUACUGAAGCUUCCACUCUCCUUCCUUCACAAGAAACUACCGCCCCGACUACUACAUUCAAAUACGUGCUGAAUGAGAAGGCUGCAGAGGCAUACUGGAAGACUUUCGUCCCUCCAGUCGUAACCACCAUGGCUCCUUCAUUUGAGGAGGCUUCAUCCGUAAAUCCUCAUGCUCCUGUAAACCAAGAUGUUUCCGCAGAACCAGCGUCUCCCGCAGAGUCCUCUGUGUCAUCGGUCAAAGUGCCAUCAGCAGAGGAUGUUCCAGCAAAAGUUCCUACCACGUCUCCCAUUGAGGAAACGACCGUUUCUGUCAGCAUGUCAUCGGCAGAGAAUGUUCCCUCCACCUUGGCUCCUCUCGAGGCAACAACUGCUCCGACAACUACAUUCAAAUACGUACUAAAUGAGAAGGCUGCAGAGGCAUAUUGGAAGACGUUUGUCCCUCCAGUUGUGACUACUGCGGCUCCGCCUGCCAAGGACGCUUCUGCCGAAACCUCCGAACCAGCAUUGGAACCGCUUGCCGAGGCUCCUUCAGUCGAAGACACGGAGGUUUCCACCGGUUCACCAUCCACUGAUGCCCAGACUGCUAAAGAAGUUCCGAUCUCGAAUCCUUAUGCGCCUCCAGUUAUUCCGGAGGUUGCAACUCUCCCACCAGUACCAGUAACACCUGAACUGUUGCCGCUUGGUGGAAUGGGUCCUGUGGUGAUCGAUGUUCCUGUUGUCGAAGUUCAGAACACAGUAGCUCAUUCAACUCAAAGAGAGCCCACAUCAAGUAA